GCGUCUUCCCACCCAAGUCAUUUCCUUGAUACGCUCGCGAUGGGCCGCUCCGCCACCGGAGCCCUCCUCGCCGUUGUUGGUCUGCUCCUCCCGCUUGUGAUUUCUGACGCUAUUCGAAACCCCAUACGGCUUCCCUCUGAUCGAAUCGACGAUCCGAGGGUCGAUGGUGGCGGCGGCGACGACGCUGUUGGCACCCGAUGGGCCGUACUCAUCGCCGGAUCCAGAGGCUAUUAUAACUACCGUCAUCAGGCAGAUAUUUGUCAUGCAUAUCAAAUAAUGAAGAACGGUGGGCUGAAAGAUGAGAAUAUUAUUGUUUUCAUGUAUGAUGACAUUGCAUACAAUGAGGAAAACCCAAGACCUGGGGUCAUAAUCAAUCAUCCCAAGGGUGGAGAUGUGUAUGCUGGUGUUCCAAAGGAUUAUGUUGGAGAUGAUGUUAAUGUGAACAAUUUUUUUGCUGUUCUUCUUGGAAAUAAAACUGCUCUAACUGGAGGUAGUGGAAAAGUUGUGAAUAGUGGCCCGGAUGAUCAUAUUUUUGUAUUUUACUCUGAUCAUGGUGGACCGGGUGUGCUUGGGUUGCCCACCUAUCCUUACUUGUAUAGUGAUGAGUUGGUCGACGUAUUAAAGAAAAAGCAUGCUUUGGGUUCUUACAGAAGCUUGGUAUUUUAUCUUGAAGCCUGUGAGUCAGGUAGUAUUUUUGAGGGUCUUCUCCCAGAAGACAUUAACAUUUAUGCAACAACGGCAUCAAAUGCCUACGAAAGUAGUUGGGGAACUUAUUGCCCUGGAGAGGACCUUAGCCUGCCUCCAGAAUUCCACACUUGUUUGGGUGACUUAUAUAGUGUUUCUUGGAUGGAAGACAGUGAUGUACACAAUUUACGGACUGAAACAUUGAAGCAGCAGUAUCAACUUAUUAAAACCAGAACUUCAGUACACGACAACUAUAGACAUGGCUCACAUGUCAUGCAAUAUGGAAAUCUAGAACUCAAUGCCGAAAAGCUUUUUUCGUACCUGGGCUCCAAUCCUGCCAAUGAUAAUGCCACUUUUAUCGAAGAUAAUUCAUUAUUAUCUUUUCAUAAAGCUGCUGUUAACCAACGGGAUGCAGAUCUGGUAUAUUUUUGGCACAAGUAUCAAAGGGCACCUCUAGGCUCAUUCCAGAAACAUGAUGCCCACAAGGAAUUACUUGAUGUAAUGGCUCAUCGCUUGCAUAUAGAUGCUAGUGUAGAACUCAUCGGGAACUUGUUGUUUGGCGCCGAGCGAGGUCCAGCAGUGCUGCAAAUGGUUCGUCCUGCAGGCCAGCCUUUAGUGGAUGAUUGGUCCUGCCUCCGGUCCAUGGUGAGGACUUUCGAGAGGCACUGUGGAUCUCUCUCAGAGUAUGGGAUGAAACACACGCGCUCUUUAUCGAACAUCUGCAAUGCAGGUGUCGACGAAGAGACAAUGGCGAAGGUUUCCGCACAAGCUUGUGCUAGCAUUCCUGCCAAUCCUUGGAGUUCUCUCCAGAGGGGUUUGAGUGCCUAAAAGUAUUCAUCAUCUAUUGUCUCUAGAUAUGGUAAACUCAUCACUUGGCUAUCUUCUCCAGCAAUGUGAAUUAUAAUGUAGGAUGGCUGGAAGCUUUUCUUUUAAUCUAUCUAUCGAGAUUUCGUGUACAAAAUUCUUAUUUUAAUUGGUGAAACUAAUGCUCAAGUUGUCUCUACACUGAGCUGGUACAA